GAAGUCGACCACCACGCGCGGCUAACGUCAUGGCUGCUUCGAAGCUGUUGCUGGUUGCGGCGCUAGCGAUCCUGCUGUGCAGAUGUGCCCUGGCCGACGACCCAGGUACACACACUCUUGCAGACGAGCCGACCACACUCCGGGACACGUCGACCCUGGCAGGCGCGGGGGGUCACAGCGGUGACGCGGCGCCCCAGGAGGGCAGUCCACCCUGGCCGUCCACAGGGGCGUCCAGCGGCGUCCCGACGCCAGGAGUGCCGGCGGUCCAGCACGCGGGCGCAGCCCCGGGUGACUCUGUGGUGGUCGAGUCCAUCCUCGCCAACACGAGCCUCGCGGGAUCCGCCGCCGACCAGUGGAGCUCCUCUGGCGCAGGGGAGGCCGUCAGCUCUCCUCCGGGCGCUGCCGACUCUUACUCCGGCGAGGAGUCCGGCAGCUCUGACGAGGAGUCCGGCAGCUCUGACGAGGAGUCCGACAGCUCUGACGAGUCCGACUACAGCGGCGGUUCGUACGGCGAUGACGGCGAUGACACCGUCUACGAUCUGCUACGCCUGUUCGGUGUCUGAGCCACUCCCCCCUCCCCGCGCGACUGGUGCUUGUUCUCAGGCGACUGUCGCCGGCCGAGUUGGUGUUUCAGAUGCUCAUUUAUUACUUUUUGUAUACAUUUCUAAUGUGGAUUGCUUUUUUUUAAAAAAAAAUUAUUCUGUGUGUACUGUGUUUACUGCCACUAGCCUCGGCUUCACGCACAAUGUUGAGGUUUGGAUGUUGCGUGCCAUUAUUUUUCAUCCACCACAAUUUCUUCUGAAGUCUCCCUUUAUAAGCUUUAUAUUUUUUUUCUGGAUCAGUCUGUCGCCAUAUAUACGCUACUUGUCAUUUUAUAUUUGUAAAAAAUUUGGACAAAAAUAAAUAGUUUAUUUUUUUUCCUUUAACUUUUGAGUCGAGGUCACUCAGUAGAAUUUUUUUUUCUGUAGUUCCACAGUUUUUUAAUAUACACAUAUUUCCUUCUACGAUCUCAUUUUCUCGGCGAAAAUCUUCAAUAAGCGAAAAAAAGAAGAAAACUAUCAACGUGACGGAUGGAGCCGAGACUAGUUUGUAGCCACUACAUAUUUUGUGAAAAUUCACUCUUCCAAAUAUUUUGUGCUAACUUUUAUUUGGCUAUAGUGAAAUUUCAUAGACAAUUUGGUUUUCACAACAAAGUAUUAGACUGGAGUAACGUUUGUGUUCUUUCAUUGCUUGCGUACGAUGUAACGCCUCGUGAAAAUUUUAUAGCUACAAUACAUUUAUCACUGCAAUGAGGCACAAUUCGAUUCAACAUUAGUUACCAUUAAGUUUCCUGCGGUAGCCAACAAUAAGACAACCACAUUUUGAGUAGAACGUGGUAAGUUUUCAUGGUCAUAGUACACGGACGGCGAACCAAUGACACGUGUGUCAGUGGUGGCACGCGACAAAAUAAUUCGGGGACGCCAACAAUUAAAGAAUCUAUGUAUUUGAUCGAAAAAAAAUUUUUGUUGUAAAAAAUUAAUUUGGCGUCGUGUAACCUUUGAAUCGGUGUCAGGAUGGUAACAGAUUGCGUGAGAGAGACAGCUUCCGAAUGAAGUGAGCAACUGACGGAUUUACGAGACGCGGGGAGAAGUGAGUGCGCACUUCGUCUUCGUCUUCGUUUGUGUUCGUUUGUACGUCGUCGACUGCAAUUACGUUUUCAACAGUUUUCAACGUUUUUAAAUCUUAUCAUUUGGCAUGGCUAGUUUUCCAAAAACAAAUGCAAGAUAAGUGUCAAAGAUAUUUACAAUCUUGGUGGACUGAGAAAUACGGCUUGAUGAAUCAAGGCGAUAAAGCAAUGUGUGUUUUAUUUUCUGGAACAGUUCGGCUUGUAUUCUGUCAUAAGUAAAGAAGCACAAACCUAUUAUAAAAUAUUUAGCAUCUAAUUUGCAACACCAUAAAUCACACUAACCUUUUCUUUUAUUUAAAUAAACAUAAAAUAGUAAACAUUUCGAUUGCUGUACCAAUAUCUAGUUGAAAAUAAAGAAAUUUUAAGUUAA